AUGCAGCCCGCUCCGCCAAAUGCGGUUUCGACCCGCUACCGAAGACAGAAAUUCAGCUUUCGUGCAUUCUACAUUACGGUCGUUCUAAUAUCUGGCUUUGCAGUCUGCAGCAUUAUCGCCGCUCAAACCACGAGAUAUAUUAGAGGGCCUGGAUAUGAAGCUAUAUACCGGCGAACGUUGGAGGGAAAUGAUGUCGGGCCACUUCUCGAGCGUGGUAAAGAAUGUCGAUACGUUCACGAUGCCAACGACCAAUGUGCCUUCAUCAAAGCCAAUUGCCCGGACGAGGAGGCUGGGCUUUUCUCCUACCUCUCCUUAUACUACUGCAACCUUAGUACCGCUAAACCUCUCGCGUUCAUGAUUUUGGCUCUAUGGCUGGCACUUCUUUUUACCAUGAUUGGAAUCGCAGCGUCGGACUUUUUCUGUAUCAAUCUUUCCACGAUCGCCAAUAUUCUCGGAAUGAGCGAAAGCAUGGCGGGAGUUACAUUCUUAGCUUUUGGCAACGGCAGUCCAGAUGUUUUUUCAACGUUCGCAGCCAUGAACUCGAAUAGUGGAAGUCUAGCAGUUGGGGAAUUGAUUGGGGCGGCUGGGUUCAUAACUGCUGUUGUUGCUGGAUCAAUGGCACUAGUACGAGAAUUCAAAGUUGGUAAGAAAACCUUUGUCAGGGAUGUCGGGUUCUUCAUUGUAGCCGCGAGUUUCAGUAUGAUAUUCCUCGCAGAUGGUGCUCUACAUCUCUGGGAAUGCUGUGUCAUGAUUGGAUUCUACAUCUUUUACGUGGCAAUAGUCGUGAUAUGGCAUUGGUAUCUAAAUCGCCAGCGCCUGCGUCGCGAGAGAGAGGCAGCCUCUCGUGGCCACUACCUUGCUAUGAUGAAUGAUGAGCUUGAAGCAGAACAGGAUAAUUUCUAUGAUGAGGAUGCCCCGGCAGGACAAAGACGCUACAGAGAUUCGGAAGAUUUUGGUGCACUAGAACGUGGAUCAAGUCCCGCGCAAGCGUCCGAACUAAGUGCGGACAGUGAUGAAGAUACAGACGCAGGAUUACAUUUAGCGGCGGAAAUGGCGAGCAGUAUGCGUGUCACACGACCCAGAGGCGUCCGAAGAAAUACCAUUACCCCUAUUCGACCUAGUUUGGUUGGUGCUUUAGAAUUCCGGUCUGUCCUUUCUUCGCUCCAAAAGUCGCGAGGCUCGCACGCUCUACCAAACAUUCGUCGAUAUUCGGACGAUCCAAUAACGGCGAAUACUGGACAACAAUAUGGCCUAUCUGAAUCUGAGACAGUGCCAUAUUCGGAUAGUGUAUCUAGUCAUUUUGUAUCGCCGACGGAAGACCCAAACGACUCGUACCUAGCCGCCCCGGUUUCACGGGCUCGAUCAGUAUCUUUGAAUGAUGCUGGAGGUGCAAUAACCAAGGGCCAUGCAGUCCUUGCUGCUACUAAUAUUCCAAACAUCGGAAUUGUUGCCGCGACACCCACCCGAGUUCAACAGCUGGACCCCCCAGCACCUGGAGGGGUGGCAACUUCGACCAAUAUGUCCAUACCACCUUCGCCGACCAUCUCCCUCACCCCUCCGGCUUCCGUGAGUGGCUCUAGGGAUAUCAGUCCAGUUCGUUCCACUGAAAGGCGAAAGCAUGAUAGCCUAGCACCGCCAGGGGAAGGGUUCCCAGGGGCACGGCAUCUUCAUGUAGAUUUUGGCAAGAAAAGGCAAUCCAGUCCCGACUCCAACCAAUACUCACCAAGGGACAAGUCGAGAGGAUCUCAGCUACCCCGACUAUCUAUCCCCGGGCCACUUUCAACAGACAGCUCUGGCUUACAUGCCCCGUCUCCAAGCAUUCAAUUUCCUGAAUACACAGACUCGCCGCUGCCCUUGACAAGUCAAAGCUCCCGACCCCCCAGUAUUAUAUUACCUGAAGCGGAGUAUGCUCCUGAAUCAGUAUACACAGAUCAGGAACUUGAAUCAGGGGCUAGGCCGAUAAAGUGGUGGCCCUAUCGCUUCCUGCCGAGUCCUUAUGUCCUCCGGUCUACACUUUUCCCUACUCUCUGCACAUGGCAGGACAAGUCAAUAUGGGACAAAUUCAUCAGCAUAGUAUCAGCGCCAAGCAUAUUUCUUUUAGCGAUUACAUUGCCGGUCGUUGAGUCGGAACCUCAACAAGAAGAUAUAGACGAACCUGUAUUGGGCGAACAAGAGCCCCUUUCAAGGAAAAACAGAAACAUGACGCCGUUACUAAUACCGGACAGCCCAUCAUCAGAAGCAGAGCCUGAGUGGCUACAAUAUCGACGGGCGACGGAAAGUCACGUACAUCCUCCUCACCCACGACACGACCCCAGUCAUCCUGGCCAUGGUGCCGCCGAGGUAGCCGUCUCUACUGAAGAUAUGCAUCGUCAUUCCCACUUAACUCCCACCUCUCCCAGGCAGAGGUCAAUGCCACCAUCUCCCAGGCGUCUUGACGAAGCACCGCCCUAUUUGCCACCUAAUGACUGGAAUCGUUGGUUAAUCGCUGUCCAAAUAUUCACUGCGCCCCUGUUUACCGUCCUCAUCGUAUGGGCCAACACCGACGAUUCGGAUUUAGGGCAUCUCGUCCGCCUAGUUCUCUACUCCCUCCUCGUCUCACUCAUUGCAUUCGCUAUCCUCAUCCUCACCACGACACCAUAUAACCCCCCUAAAUACCGAUUCCUCCUCUGCUUCCUCGGCUUCGUCGUCUCCAUCGCCUGGAUCUCUACCAUCGCCAAUGAAGUUGUCGGUGUCCUCAAAGCCUUCGGCGUCAUCUUUGGCAUCUCAGACGCCAUUCUCGGCCUCACCAUCUUCGCCGUUGGAAACUCCCUUGGCGACCUCGUAGCUGACAUCACAGUCGCCCGUCUGGGCUACCCUGUCAUGGCGCUCUCAGCCUGUUUCGGAGGGCCGAUGCUCAAUAUCUUACUUGGCAUCGGCGUUAGUGGCUUGUAUAUAACUAUCAGGGAAGCGAAUCAUAAACAUACGAAGCAUCCCGGGAAGGAGAUCAAGUAUAAGCCAUAUCAUAUCGAAGUUAGUAGGACGCUAAUGGUCUCUGGGUUCAUAUUACUUGUUACGCUCGUGGGACUUCUUAUUGCUGUCCCGGUUAAUAACUGGGUUAUGAGUCGUAGGAUCGGAUGGGGGCUGAUUGCGCUUUGGAUUGUCGGUACGGUGCUGAAUCUAGGGAUUGAGAUUAGUGGGGUGGGUAGUACGUCUUAG